AUGAAUUAUUAUACUACACUAGAUGGAGGAUCAAAACUCUAAGAUUUUAUCGAACAGAUAAGAAAAAUGGAUGCCACCAUCUCAGAAGCUGUUUAUCAAAGAAACCUUAAAUUCUAAAAGAACGAGUCUGUGCAAAUAGUAAGUAUAUUUCAAACUACAUCUUCUUAGCUAGAUAGACAACUGGCUAUGCAAAUUGAUGGCAUCAAUGAUUCUAUUAAAUAGGCUAGAGCUUUAUUAAAUAAAUCACCACAUCUGUAUUCUAUGUUAAUCAACUAGUUCUCAACAAGAUAUCUAGAAAUCUAAAACCUUAUUGGAUGAAUUUUAAAAUAACUCUGAGAAAUUUAGAAAAACUUUGGAAAUCAAAUAAGUCUUUAAAAUGGUAUAGUUUCAAUCAUUUAUUAAUGUUUAUUAUAGGAUUUUUAUGAAACCGAAACUGAUUUUACUUCCAAAUCCAAUGUCGAACUGGUUUAGAUGCAAAAAUAGCAGGUUUCCAAACAAAAUGAGACCAUAGACAAAAUGAUAGAUACCACUGGGAGAAUGUAAGUUAAUGCUCAAAAUAUUAACUUGGCUUUAGGAGAGGAUUAGAUGAUCUUAAGGAGAUUAAAUGAUAAUGUAAAUGCAUUACUAACCUUAGGUUGAGCAAGCCACUCAUGAAAUCAAAGUCACUGAUUCUAAUCUUUAAAGUUUAUUGUCAUACACUAAUGAUUGUUGUUUAUGGACAACCAUCAUUAUGGAAUUUAUGAUUUUUGUUUUUCUUGUUAUAUAUUGA